GCCGCGGCAGCCGCGCCAGCCACCAUGAAUAAGGCAGCUGGCGGGGACGAGCUCACAGAACUCUUCGGUCGGGUCCCGGACCUUCUGCAAGCGGCUAACUUCAGCGGCAACGCGUCGCUGCUGCUCCAGGACUUGUGGUGGGAGCUGGGGCUGGAGUUGCCGGACGGCGCGGCGCCGGGGCACCCCCCGAGCGGCGGCGGGGCGGAGAGCGCGGACCCCGAGGCCCGGGUGCGCAUCCUCGUCAGCGUGGUGUACUGGGUGGUUUGCGCGCUGGGGCUGACCGGCAACCUGCUGGUGCUCUAUCUGAUGAAGAGCAAGCAGGCCUGGCGCAAGUCCUCCAUCAACCUCUUCGUCACCAACCUGGCGCUGACGGACUUCCAGUUCGUGCUCACUCUGCCCUUCUGGGCCGUGGAAAACGCCCUUGACUUCAAAUGGCCCUUCGGCAAGGCCAUGUGUAAGAUCGUAUCCAUAGUGACGUCCAUGAACAUGUAUGCCAGCGUUUUCUUUCUCACCUCCAUGAGCGUGGCGCGCUACCACUCGGUGGCCUCGGCUCUUAAGAGCCACCGGACCCGAGGGUACGGCCGGGGCGACUGCUGCGGCCGGAGCCUGGGGGACAGCUGCUGCUUCUCCGGCAAAGCACUGUGCGCGAUGAUCUGGGCCUCCGCCGCGCUGGCCUCGCUGCCCAACGCCGUCUUCUCCACCACGGUCAAGGUGAUGGGAGAGGAGCUGUGCCUGGUGCGCUUCCCCGACAGGUUGCUGGGCCGCGACAGGCAGUUCUGGCUGGGCCUCUACCACUUGCAGAAGGUGCUGCUGGGCUUCGUGCUGCCGCUAGGCAUCAUCAGCCUGUGCUACCUGCUGCUGGUGCGCUUCAUCUCCGACCACCGCGUGGCAGGGACCGAAGGAGGAGCCUCAGCGGCCGGGGGAGGCCUGGCCGGAGCCAGCGCUCGGAGACGCUCCAAGGUCACCAAAUCAGUGACAAUCGUGGUCCUGUCCUUCUUCUUGUGUUGGCUGCCCAACCAGGCUCUCACCACCUGGAGCAUCCUCAUCAAGUUCAACGCGGUGCCCUUCAGCCAAGAGUACUUCCUGUGCCAGGUGUACGCUUUUCCCGUGAGCGUGUGCCUGGCGCAUUCCAACAGCUGUCUCAAUCCCAUCCUCUACUGCCUCGUACGCCGCGAGUUCCGCAAAGCGCUCAAGAACCUACUGUGGCGCAUCGCGUCGCCUUCUCUCACCAGCAUGCGCCCUUUCACCGCCACCACCAAGCCUGAGCCGGAGGACCAGGGACUGCAGGCCCUGGCGCCUCUCCACCAAACCGCGGAGCCCGACCUGCUCUACUACCCGCCUGGCGUGGUGGUCUACAGCGGCGGGCGCUACGACCUGCUGCCCAGCAGCUCGGUCUACUGA